AUGGAAUCCUCCAAGGGUGUCUUUGAACAGAUCCUAGGUUCGGGCUCACCGCCACACCAAGCUCUCGGUGAUUCUGAGCAGAAAGAAAUUCCUUCCUCCGAACCGUUGACAUCAAAUCGUCUCUCCGGCCAACAAUUACCAAUGAAGUCAAAUCGAAUGGAGAGUGUAUCGGAUUCUCGUUCAGCACCCCGUAUUGGUCAUUCCAACCGCGAAUCAAGUCGUGCACCCCGACGUUUUAGUGGGAGUACAGCCGCCAGCUCCAUUAGUGAGUUGGAGCACAAUGGUCCUAAACCAUGGCGGAUUGGUGUCUGUGCUCUAGAUAUUAAGGCGCGCAGCAAGCCUAGCCAGAAUAUCCUUACUCGUCUCCAGGCGAAAGGUGAAUUUGAGGUGAUCGUGUUUGGGGACAAAGUGAUUCUGGAUGAAGCGGUGGAAAAUUGGCCUGUAUGCGAUUUCCUGAUUGCCUUUUUCUCAGAUGGGUUCCCUUUGGACAAAGCCAUUGCUUAUGCUCAACUCCGCAAACCAUUCUGUGUGAAUGACUUGCCGAUGCAGAAAGUGUUUCCCCACCCAAAGAGAGUUGAAGUGAAUCGUGAUGGUGGACCGGUUCUGGAGUCACCAGAGGUUGCUGAACAUAUUCAUCGUUUGACUGGAGUGAAGUUAGAUGGUCCGGAAGAUGGCACAGGAGGUGGUGCGUCAAGAACCCAGCAUGUCUCAAUGUCAGAGGAUGGAGAAUCCCUGAUAGUGGAUGGCAAAGUUUUCCGGAAACCAUUUGUGGAGAAACCAGUCAACGGUGAAGACCAUAAUAUUCACAUUUAUUUCCCCAAUGACCAACAAUACGGCGGUGGUGGCCGUAAACUAUUCCGCAAAGUCGGCAACAAAAGCUCCGAAUACGAUCCCAAUCUCACCGUACCUCGCUCGAUCACGGAAACCGGAACAAGCUAUCUGUAUGAGCGGUUUUUGCGAGUGGAUAAUGCUGAAGAUGUCAAGGCAUAUACCGUGGGUCCAGACUUCUGUCACGCUGAGACACGUAAGUCACCUGUAGUAGACGGGCUUGUACGACGAAACACACAUGGCAAGGAGUUACGGUAUAUCACCCAGUUAAGCAAAGAAGAAGCUGCAAUCGCCUCGAAGAUAUCAAACGGAUUUGGACAACGGAUCUGUGGAUUCGAUAUGCUCCGGGUUGGGGACAAGAGCUAUGUGAUCGACGUGAAUGGCUGGAGCUUCGUCAAGGAUAACAAUGAUUAUUAUGACAAGUGUGCCUAUAUCUUGCGGGAAACCUUCCUGACUGAGAUGCGCAAGUGCGAAGGAUCAAUGGAGCUCUCUGAGCCACCUUCGCCAGAUCUAGGUCAAUCCAGAAGAAGCACAGCCGGUUCACACAGACAUCCUCUGAAGACAUUGCUGAAGUCUCCUAGCACCUCUCGUCUCUACAACAGUCAGCAGGCGUCUAAAACCCAUGAUGCACCUGCCUCAGAUGCAUCCACAGGCGUCCCAUCACUGGCAUCAUCCUCAGGGAUUGACUGUACUGACCCCCAGGGGAAUAUCAGUGGCCUAAACUCACGUGAGGGUCACUCUGAUUCUCGUGGCUAUAGUCCGUCUAAUACCAAAUCACCAGCCGUUUCUCUUCACCAUGGCGGUGAUGGGGCUCAGCCACCACUCCCCGCCUCAAAGCACUCUUGGAAGCUUAAAGGAAUGGUAGCAGUCAUCCGACAUGCCGAUCGCACACCCAAACAGAAAUUUAAAUUCACCUUUCACAGCCAGCCUUUUGUGGACCUUUUGAAGGGACACCAGGAGGAGGUUGUCAUUAAGGGUGCAGCAGCCCUGUCCAGUGUCUCUGAUGCGGUCAAGCGCGCCAUGAAUGAAGGGCUUGAAGAUAUGGAUAAGUUGAAGCUACUUCGUACUUCAUUGGAGAAGAAGGGUGGCUGGCCUGGUACCAAAGUGCAAAUCAAACCCAUGUUCCGUAAACGCAAGCCAGAAGAGAUGCGAGAACAGAGUUCAGACCCAGCCUCUACAGUCCCACCAGGGGAGACUGAGCCUUCCAAACCACUCUCUCCUGUCCCGAGCCCAAGUGAGGGUGAGAAGGAUGAAGCGUUGCGCAGGUCUCAGACACGAAGCGACUCCAUCUCAGGUCCUACCUUUUCUCGCUUCUCUGCGGCGGAGAAUGAUCUUAUCUUGGAUAAACUGCAGCUGAUUAUCAAAUGGGGUGGAGAGCCUACUCACGCCGCACGCUAUCAGUCGCAAGACCUUGGUUUAAAUAUGCGGGAUGAUCUCAAGUUGAUGAAUAAAGAGGCUCUCAAUAAUGUUCGUCUGUUUACCAGCUCCGAGCGUCGCGUCAGUACAAGUGCACAAAUCUGGGCUUGCUCGUUCCUGGACCAGAAGGAGAUCCCUGCUGAUUUGAUUCAAGUCCGGAAAGACUUGCUAGAUGAUUCGAAUGCGGCGAAGGAUGUGAUGGACAAGGUUAAGAAGAAGCUGAAGCUUCUCCUGAGAGAGGGAUCAGCUCCUUCGCAAUUUGCAUGGCCUAAGGAUACCAAUAUUCCAGAGCCGUCUGUCGUUCUUUCCACUGUGGUAGAACUGAUGAAGUUCCAUCGCAAUGUGAUGCGCCAUAACUUCAGCAAACUGGAAGGCUCAUUAGAGAAGGCUGAUAAUCCCAGUCAGUCGGAGUCACCCGACCAACCACAGUUAUCUAAUGUGCAAGGCCGAUGGUGUGCUGGCGAAGACCCGCGUCUUUUCAAGGAGCGAUGGGAGAAGCUCUUUGCGGAAUUCUGUGACACCGAGAAGGUAGACCCCAGUAAAUUGUCGGAGCUCUACGAUAGCAUGAAAUUCGAUGCCCUUCAUAAUCGACAAUUCCUGGAAUGGGUUUUCAUGCCACCUGACAGCGACAGGGAUGAGGACAAAGAAGAUAGUGUCAAAGGCUGGAGCCCCUCCACCAAGUCAGAAUCAAUCUCCGAGCAUAAGAAUGGCAUCGAGAAUGGAAACGACAAACAUGAGGAACGGACCGAAAAUCAGUCAUUUGCACAGCGUUUUGGCUUGAAGCGACGAUUUCAGUCCCCCGAAUCAUUGCAACACCUUCGUGCACUAGACGAUUCCUACGAUCAUUACUUCAAGCUCUAUCCUGGAUCCAGUUCCAACAAAUGCAAGGUCGAUGAGCGCCUUGCAAAACUGCGGGAGCUCUACAAACUGGCCAAGGUCUUGUUUGAUUAUGUCACGCCCCAAGAGUAUGGUAUCACAGAUAGCGAGAAGCUUGAAAUCGGACUUCUCACUUCUCUGCCACUUCUCCAAGAAAUUGUGCGAGAUCUGGAGGAGGUGCAGGCUUCCCCCGAUGCCAAGUCAUUCUUCUACUUCACGAAGGAGUCGCAUAUCUACACCCUUUUGAACUGCAUUCUUGAAGGUGGUAUUCAAACCAAGAUUGCUCGCAGCACCAUUCCCGAGCUUGACUACCUGUCCCAAAUCUGCUUCGAGCUUUAUGAGGCCCGGGAUAGUGAGUCGGAGAUCAAUUCCUACUCGAUUCGCAUCUCCAUUAGUCCCGGUUGUCAUGCAUUUGAUCCACUAGAUGUGCAACUGGACUCCCGACACGCGAUCGGGUGCGCUCCUCGCCGUAGCUUGACUGCUCAUCAAGAUUGGAAAGAGGUGAUUGAAACACUGAAAGCGAAAUUUGACACGGUCAAACUACCCAAGACUUUUAUUGCUGUGAACCUAAGUGAGAAGCAUGUUGCACCUCAACCAGAGGAACCUCAGCCAGAAGAACAAGAGGACGCUUGA